CCGGGUCUGUGCCGGGGCUGCGGGAAGGGCGCGGGACGCUUUCUUGUGCUUUGCUCUGUGGCCGUCGCCAUGUGGGCCACCCUGAGGUCAGCCCUGCGGCCGUGCGCCCGCGCCGCUGCCCCUCGGCUGCGCGCCUAUCACGGGGACUCGGUGGCCACGCUGGGCACCCAGCCGGACUCGGCCUCUGCCGUCUACCAGGAGAACUAUGAACAGAUGAAAGCACUAGUAAAUCAACUCCAUGAACGAGCCCGGUAUAUAAGACUAGGAGGUGGUGAGAAAGCCCGAGCCCGGCACACAUCAAGAGGAAAACUAUUACCAAGGGAAAGAAUCGACAAUCUUAUAGACCCAGGGUCUCCGUUUCUGGAAUUAUCUCAGUUUGCAGGUUACCAGUUAUAUGGCAACGAGGAGGUCCCCGCGGGUGGCAUUAUUACAGGCAUUGGAAGAGUGUCAGGAGUAGAAUGCGUGAUUGUUGCCAAUGAUGCCACUGUCAAAGGAGGCACCUACUACCCAGUAACUGUGAAAAAACACUUACGAGCGCAAGAAAUUGCACUAGAAAACAGGCUUCCCUGCAUCUACUUAGUUGAUUCAGGAGGGGCAAACUUACCUCAACAAGCAGAUGUAUUUCCAGAUCGAAAUCACUUUGGCCGCAUAUUCUAUAAUCAGGCAAUUAUGUCUUCUAAAAAUAUUACACAGAUAGCAGUGGUCAUGGGCUCUUGUACGGCAGGAGGUGCUUAUGUGCCUGCGAUGGCUGAUGAAAACAUUAUCGUACGCAAGCAGGGAACCAUUUUCUUGGCAGGACCCCCGUUGGUUAAAGCAGCGACUGGAGAGGAGGUGUCGGCUGAGGAUCUUGGAGGUGCUGAUCUUCAUUGCAGAAAGUCUGGAGUAACUGACCACUAUGCUUUGGAUGACCAUCAUGCCCUUCACUUAACUAGGAAGGUUGUGAGGAGUCUAAAUUAUCAGAAGAAACUGGAUGUUACCAUUGAACCUUCUGAAGAUCCUUUAUUUCCUGCCGAUGAGUUGUAUGGAAUAGUUGGUGCUAACCUUAAGAGGAACUUUGAUGUCCGAGAGGUCAUUGCUAGAAUCGUGGAUGGAAGCAGAUUCAAUGAGUUCAAAGCUUUAUAUGGAGACACAUUAGUUACAGGAUUUGCUCGAAUAUUUGGAUACCCAAUAGGUAUCAUUGGAAACAAUGGAGUUCUCUUUUCUGAAUCUGCAAAAAAGGGUGCUCACUUUGUUCAGUUAUGCUGCCAAAGAAAUAUUCCUCUGCUGUUCCUUCAAAACAUUACUGGAUUUAUGGUUGGUAGAGACUAUGAAGCUGAAGGAAUUGCCAAGGACGGUGCCAAGAUGGUGGCUGCCGUAGCCUGUGCCCAAGUGCCUAAGAUAACCAUCAUCAUCGGGGGGUCGUAUGGGGCAGGAAACUAUGGCAUGUGUGGCAGAGCAUAUAGCCCAAGAUUUCUCUACAUGUGGCCAAAUGCUCGGAUCUCAGUGAUGGGAGGAGAUCAGGCAGCCAAUGUAUUAGCCACAAUAGCAAAGGACCAAAAAGCCCGGGAGGGAAAACAGUUUUCCAGUGCUGACGAGGCAGCUUUAAAAGAGCCCAUCAUUAAGAGGUUCGAAGAGGAAGGAAACCCUUACUAUUCCAGUGCAAGGCUGUGGGAUGAUGGGAUUAUUGAUCCAGCAGACACCAGACUGGUCCUGGGUCUCAGUCUUAGUGCAGCCCUCAACGCACCAAUCCAGAAGACUGAAUUUGGCGUCUUGAGGAUGUAACUGGAAUAUAAAACAUUUUCCAUUGGGCUUGUACCGAAAAUUAACACAUGUAGUAGCCUUAAGAUUUUAGACCUUUUGAGCAUGGGGCUAUUACCAUAAAAUUUUUUUCCUUAACACAGUGCAUUGUAAAAAAUCAAUGACGAUAUUUAUUUGAUGAACAUCAAUUCCUUUUAAAUUUUCUUACAGAAAUUUCUCUACAGCUUAAGUUUUACCACCCAUAAAAUGAAGAGAAUAAUUUACAGUUAUUUUCUAACCCACAAUCAGUAUGAAAAGUUCUGUAAUCUAUAAAUUCCAGGUAUUAUUCAGAUUAUUAUAAAAAUUUGUAUUUUCACUAUAAUGAUUGUUUUGCUGAUUGUGCUUGAUGAUAUUUUAACAAACUUAUUUUUAAAAAGCAUCUAUUACUUUCCUCUUUAGCCGUCAUUCUGUCUCCUUCCCCUAAUAGUCAGUCUUCUCAUUGUCUGCACUCUAAGCUCUAUUUUCUAACCCACUCCCUGCUCACCCAACCCCUUUCUGGCUCCCACUGCCAACAGCUCUCUCCAAACCAUUGAUCUCCCAUGUCGCUCAAACCAGUAGGUUCUUUUCUGGCCUCAUCUGAUUAAACUCUGUAGCAUUUUAUUUUUUAUUUAUUUUUAUUUUUAUUUUUGUCUUUUUCGUGACCAGCACUCAGCCAGUGAGUGCACUGGCCAUUCCUAUAUAGGAUCCGAACCUGCGGCGGGAGCGUUGCCACACUCCCAGCGCUGCACUCUCCCGAGUGCGCCACGGGUUCGGCCCAAACUCUGUAGCAUUUUAAUCAGUUGAACACUUCCUCCUUGAAGGGCUGUCCUUAGCUUCCACAACUUAACACUCUAGGUUUCUAUCAGCCUCUUUGGCCAUUCAUUUUUAGUGUGCUUUGUACACUCUAUCUCUACUGCUCGCCCCCCCCAUUUUUCUUGGUUUUCAUUAGUAAUACAUGAAUACAUUCUUAUUCUAAAAGAUACAAACAACACAGGAUUAUCUCUUUAUUCUUUUUAAAAAAAUUGUAAGAUACACAUAAUGUAAAAUUUACCAUUUUAACCAAUUUAAAUGUACAGUUCAGUGUCACUCAGUACCUUCAAACUGUUGUGCAACCAUCACUACUAUCCAUGCCAGAACUUGUUCAUCAUCCCAAACUGAAACUUUGUAUCCAUUAAACAAUAACUCCCCAUUUCCCCCUCUCCCCAGCCCCAGGCACAUCUCAUUCCUAAGUGUAUGUGUUUCUUUUGGCUCAAUUUAUUCUUGCUGGGCCAUUUCAGCCCCUCUCAUGGCUUCAGUUGCCAUCUAAACACAGAUGAUCCCUGCAUUGACAGUUCUUAGCACACUUCUCCCCUGAGCUUCAGACCCACAUCUCUCACAGAUCCACUGGACAUCUGUACUGGUUGUCUUAGAGAAAUCUCAAACUCAGUCAUCAAGUCAUAUUGAUUUUGCCUCCCAACUAUGUCUUGAAUUCCCAUACUUAUUCUCAUCUUUCACUACCACAGUCCUUAGAAGUAGUCUACCUUCAUCCAGUCUUAUCUAGUCCAUCUGUCCAUCCCUCUGGAGUUAGAAUGGCCAUUUUGAAGUGCACAUCUUGUCAUGCUACUCCCUUAUGUAAAAUCCUUCAGUGGUUUCUUGUAGAAGACGUGCCAACCUCCUAGUGACCUCCAUGAUCUUGGUUGUCACUUCUUUAAUCUCAUUGCCUUGAUUCUUUUCACAGGCUCCAGCCAUUCUAGACUUCUUCCAGUUCUUUGAACAUACCAAGUCCUUCCCACACUAGGGUCUACAAGGUUCCCUCUGCCAGAACUGUUCUACUCUCCUUUCUUCUUCAACACUGAUCCUUAGCUUAAGCACAUGAUUCUCUCAUUUUAAACACCACUUCCUUAGGGAUGUCUCUGUGACCUCCCUGGACUGGGUUAGCUUUCUUACUAUAUACCCUUAUAAAGCUCCAUCUACUUCCUUUAUCACAAACUCAUCAUUUUACAAUAAACAUUUCUUUAAUAUUGUCCUGCUAGAGUGUAAGCUCUAUAAGAGCAAGGAUCUUCCUGUUUACCCUGACACUUGUAGGUAUCUGGCACUUAAUUUGUUGAAAUAUUUAUUUGUUGAAUGAAUGAAAAAUUCCAUUUUGUAAUUGAUGUGAUCAGGCCACAUAGUUCUAAAAUUAGAGGGGGAUUAGUGAUUGAUUAUAUGAGCUAAUACAACCAUCAGAUGUUUUCCUUAUAAAAUUAAUAUUUCAAACAUUUGUGUGUGAUGUUCAACUUAGGCUACAUCUGUGUAUCAUGAAGUCAAUUUAGUUUAUUUGGGUUGGGGAGUACAGGUUAGAUGAUCACAAUUCAGAGGUAGGUUGCAUUUUUAGAAGGAACACAUUUAAGUAUUUGAAAAUAGUAAAUUAUGUUAAAUUUUCAAUUAAAAUUUUCAUCCUUGUCAGAAAACAAAAUGGUUUUCUUUUUCAAGACUAUGUGAUUUUGCUUUGCUAUGAAUCAUCAACUAAUCAAGGAUUCAUGGAUAUUUAGUGAUUUUGCCUUCUCUUUUAGGAAGAUCAUGGUCAUCACUAAAACCACAUUCAAAUGACUUAGGUUAUUUUGUAUAUUUUA